AGGUCUUUAGUGAAAAUGAAUCUUGUCUGGCUAGUCUCAGAAAAGAUGUCUCCAAGUCCUCUUUCUUCUCCCAAGGGUAUUUUCUCUGGGAGGAUGUAUGGGACUCAUGAUUUGUUUGGCAUUUACUUUCAUCAAAAACUUCUGCGUCAUCCAGCUUUGCCUUGGAUUCAUUUGUCAUUGGCGUUGAUUCAUUUGUGAGGUGGGAGUGGCUGGAGGGGUUGUGUACUAUGAACACGGCAUUCACAGAAAACAAUGCACUCCAUGUGGACAGAGUUGUGGCUAGAGCACGCUUUUUGCAUCCUAACCCUCAAAGAUGGAUCCAGAACAGAAUGAAAAAGAUUCCAUCCUGGACUUGGAAACUGAGCCUGAAAGCCCAUUAUCACUAUCUAUUGAUCUGGAACGACUGGAUGGACAUGAAUGGACUCUUCAGGAUGGGGAAGAAAGAAGAUUUCCACCACCUUCGGACUUCUUGAGAGACCUUGGUGAACAGGGAAACAGACCCAUGCCCCUAGAACACAGGAUUCCCACAAUGACAGAAGACGUGGCUAGAAAUGCCCUCGUUAGCUUUGUUAAUUCCAAGUGUUGCUAUGGUAAUAAAGCUGCAGGAGAACUGGUCAUUCAGGAUUUGAGGCAGCUGACUUUAUACCGAUAUCGACUGGAGACCUUUAAUGAAUCAAGGUUAAGUGAAUGGACUUUUGAACCUUUGACUAGUAACUUGGUAGAUGGACCACAAAAUGGCACUUCUCCUCGGCCAUGGGACAUUAAAGUUCAGACUCCACCGCUGUUUCAUGACGAUACAAGGAAGUUUCGAGUACCUCACUCUUCUUUAGUUAAGGCAUGCCACAAAUGUCAUGGUCAUGGUAGAUACAAAUGCAGUGGGUGUCAGGGUGCAGGCUGGAUGAGGUGCGUUUCUUGCAGUGGAACACGACAGAGGAGAAAGCAGCAAAGGAGGUGUCAGAUGUGUUCAGGGACUGGCCGGAAAAGGUGCAGCACUUGUUCUGGGCGUGGCAAUAAAACCUGUAUGACAUGCCAAGGAGAGAAAAAGCUCUUGCAUUUCAAACAGCUGAUAAUAACCUGGAAGAACAAUGUGUUUGAAUUUGUUUCGGAGCAUCAACUGGACUUUCCAGGAGAGCUGCUGAGUAAGGUCAAUGGAGAGAAUGUAUUUAAAGAUGAAAAUGUUCUGGUGUAUCCCAUUAUUGACUUCCCCAAGCCUGAGAUAUCUCUAGCUUCACAGAGAGCUAUUGCAGAACAUAAUGCAGCAUUCACAGCAUCAUCACGCAUUCUGCAGCAGAAUAAGAGAUCCCUGCAGGCAAGAAGUGGAGGUAAAAUCCAACAGUCAAGACAAGACAAAUGCAGCAGUCCUUUGAAGGCCCUAUCACGUCAAACCAUUGAACUGAUCCCCAUCACAGAAGUUCACUAUCAGUAUGCAGGGAAGACGUACCUCUACUUCAUCUAUGGAUUAGAAAACAAGGUGUAUACGCUGGACUACCCAGAGAGGUACUGCUGUGGCUGUACCAUCAUAUGACACCUAUGGGAUGCUCCUAAAGAAGAAACCUGCUGCGUGGAAACCAGCUAGUCUGUGAUUAGACUGGCAGUAUUAGGACUCCUGAUUUCCAGUGGAUUAAUCCACUGAGAUUAGCGCCAGAGAAAAUGGUAAACUGGCAAGACUCAGGUAAUUUGACCAUCAUGUCCUUUGAUCCCGCUCAGGGUGAAAGUGAG